CCUUUCACCGCGCGGGAGUGGGGUGCGAGGGAGGGGGGCACUAUAAGAUUCUGCAGUGCAAGGAAAACAGAUUUGUUUUCCUGGCACUAUAGAAUCCCAUUAAACUAUAGUAAUUCUAGUGACUAUAGUGUCCCUUUAACUGAGAAUUGUUGUGAAUUGAAGUGAGUAACGUUGACUAUGAUUCCAACCAUUAUUAAAUGCAAAAUAUGGACUAUACAAACUAACCCAAAACUUCAUCCUAGUUAUUUCGCCUGAAAAUGUGGGAUAAAAAAUGGUCAGAGUUGGUGGCACCCUCUCUCUCGAUUCAAUUUAGUCUCUCCCGAUCUUUCUCAUUCACAGGAUUUUCUAAUCUGAUUACAUCGCAGUUCUACAACCUUAUAUCUGACUCUUCAAAAUCACGUCUCCGAUGUUUAGGGACACUUAAAAUGGUGUAAGGAAAAAAUUAAGCUGUGCCUUUCAGAGGAUUUGUCCAUAUUAGUAUCCGGGGAGGAUGAGAACGCCGCUUGUGCAACCAGAUUUCCACGAGGAAGGUUCGGAUACAUUCCAGCACCCACAACAGCACUGUUAGAGGAUUGAAUACAGGUGGAUAGACAUUCUAAUUGCCAGUGUAUUUGAGUGAAUUUCAUUGCACCAUUAAGAAGCAUUCUGAAUUGGGGCAUUCAUAUUGCUCGUUGUGUACCUGUACUUUCUAAAGGCUACCAUUUUUUGUGGAUACUGUAAAUUAUAUUGCUUUCCUAUGAGACUGGCUGAAAGACUGGCUGAAUGCGCGCGCAGCUCCUGCCGCGCAUUCGCAUUCAGCUGAAGAGGAGGAGAGGAGGCGGAGAGGAGGAGGAGAGCUCCCCGCCCGGUGCUGGAAAAGAGGUAAGAUUUAACCCUUUCCUCCCCAUCCAGCCCAGCGGGAGUGGGACCCUGAGGGUGGGGGCACCCACAGGGCACUAUAGUGCCAGGAAAACGAGUAUAUUUUCCUGGCACUAUAGUGGUCCUUUAAGAAUGUAUAUAAAAUGUACUGUAAAAAAUGGAUAUACAAUGUAUACAAAAAGGUACAUUAAAAAUGUGUAUAAAAUGUACAUUAAAAUGUUUCUAUAAAACUGUCUAUAAAAAUGUAUAUAGAAAUGUUCAUUAAAAAUGUAUCUUAAAAUGAAUAUACAAAUGUAUAUAGAGAUGUAGAUUUGUGGUGCCCCUAGCAGACUAGCUCCUACCAUGGCAGAUGUCACUUAAAGCUUCCUCCACUGCCUGACAAUAAUGAUUUUUUUUUUCUAUUUUCUUUACUGAAUAGUUUUUAUCUUAUUUUUUAAAAUACAUUUUUUUGCAAAUUUUCCUUUUUAUUUCUCUAUUAGCAAGAAGAAAAGUAUAUGAUAAUUAAAGAUAUCUUGAAUAUUCUAGGUCAGAGUGCUCAGAGCGUGGCUUUGUUUGAAGGCCAUUUGUUUAUUGUAGUUUUUUGUUACUGGAAGCCUAUGAUGUACCAAGUGCAUGUAACGUGACAGUCCCAUAACUUAGGAAAAAAUUGCCCCAGGACAUAGGUGAACAAUGGGGUUUGAGAAUUACACCUGAAGUUUGGUGGACAGCUUCUAUGACAAUGAGUGUUUAGAAUAGAUACGUAACCAUGUUGAAAUUCAAUAUGUUCCUUUUAAUAACACUAAUCAGCCGUCUUCAUAGAAACCAGACUUCCCAAACACAGAAUCCCUUAAAUACGGAGCAGCCUGACUGCAUGGUACCACUAGUUCCUUCGAAGCGAUCAUGGAUACCAUUAAGAUCAUCGUGGUGCUCACCACACUCUGCAUUGGGACAGGUAAAAAGGCACGGGGGACUCGGGGGACUCGGGGGAAGAUUUCUCACUUCAUUGUUCUGCCAUUAGUUGUUUAUGUAGAUAGUGCGUCAGGGAAGUUGAACGUGUCUGUACAUUAUGUUUGUCUUUUUGCUACAAAAUACCUGAUUUCUAGGAUAACGAUUUGGUGGGUUAAUUAGUGGAUUCAUAAUGAUAGGAUUGAUUAACAUGUCUAUUCUGUAAUCAGCCCUUUUUUUCGGUUAAAGUGGCACUGUCAUGGCUUUUAUUUAUUUCGGUUUUGAAUCCUCAUGCACCUUAUAUCUCAAUGAUGGCAUUUCCUUCUUUGUCUCUUGCUUUUAUUAUAUUUAUUAUAUUUAUUAUUUUUUCUUCCUUGUGCUGGAUCUGACUAUCUGGGCGUCCCCAAUAUGCUCUCCUCUCUAUAGGAAUUCUCUUCUUUGCCAUUUUAUGGGACACGUUUGACAGAUGGAUUGUGGGUAAAUUAGUUUAGCAGUUGAAAUGGAACUUUGAUUGUGUUCCGCCUAAUGUUACAUAUUGACAAAGAUCACGCUCCCUCUGAGAAAAAAUAGUGCCCACUUUUUCUUCUGUAUUACUAUAAACUAAGGAAAAAAACAAAAACUAGGAGAAAUAGAGGUACAAAUAUUUAUUUAACCCCUCAAGGACCAAACCUCUGGAAUAAAAGGGAAUCAUGGCAUGUCACACAUGUCAUGUGUCCUUAAGGGGUUAAACAUAGUUUUAAAGCAAAACCUGUAAAGUGACAGAACCAAUUUAUUACACAGUGACACAGGAACAAUAGGUAGAUGGAGGCCCUGCUCAAACAAGCUUACAGUCUAGUUAUCAGUCAUUAUGACCAGUUAUCACUAGUUAUUAUCCUAACUAUAAGAUAAGGCCAGGGACUAAUGAGAGUAUUUAGAAAAUUGGGCAGACUAGAUGGGACGAAUGGUUCUUAUCUGCCGUCACAUUCUAUGUUUCUAUGUUUCUAUUAUCAGUAAAUAUUAUUGGUCAUCAGUAAUUAUAAUUGGCUAUCAGUAUUUAUUAUUGUUAUCAGUAAUUCUGAUCAGUUAUUAGUAGUUAUCAUCAGUAAUUAUUAUUGGUUAUCAGUAUUUAUUAUAGAUAUCAGUAAAUAUUAUUGGGUAUCAGUAUCUAUCAUUGUCAUCAGUAGUUCUUAUCAGUAGUUACUAUUGUUAUCAAUAAUCAUCAGUAAUAAUUAUUGGCUAUCAGUAUUUAUUAUUGUUAUCAGUAGUUAUUAUCAGUAAUUAUUAUUGGUUAGCAGUAGCUGGUAUUAUCAGUAGUUAGUAUUGGCUAUCACUAAUUAUUAUUGAGUAUCUGUAAUUAUUAUUAUUGGUUAUUACUGGUUGGUAUUGAUUAUCAGUAGUUAUCAUCGGCUAUCAUUAAUUAUUAUUGGUUGUCAGUAAUUAUUAUCAGCUAUCAGUAGUCACUAUUGAGCAAUUCUCCUUCACUUUCACUGAUUUUCCUGGCUAUUUCUGCGUGAUCCAGGGAGUGAGAGGGUUAAUAUGGCUGUAUAUUGGUUGCCAUGGUUACAUUUUUACAUUGUAAUAGACAAUAGCACAUGCGGCGCAUUCGGAGGAUGGAACUGCAAGACUAUAGCUUUAAUAUUGGCAAAGCAUCUUGGGAGUUGUGGUUCUGUGGUCAAUGUAAAUAUUGCACUAUUCAUUUUAUGGUAUUUCUUAGAACACACCGAUGGUGGUUUAUCUGAUCACAUAACAUGCUAUCCGUGCUCCUGUUUUGGCUGUUCUGACGUCUGCCAUCAAUGUUUUCACUGUGUUUUUCUUUGGUUGAGCUUGUCAAUCAGUGUCAGACACCGUGGACGGUAAGGUCACACAGGAAAGAGAUUUAAUAGUUUUCACCAGAGUGACACAAUUUACUUUAAACAUGGAAUGACAUAAUUUCUCCUCUGUUCACAGCUAUGUCCUUACAAUGCUAUACGUGUACGGGCCAGACCUCAAAUGCCAACUGUAUGACCACAACCACUAACUGCACCACUGGUCAGACGUACUGUAUGACCUCGUCCACAUCUGCUGGAGUUGGUAAGAUCCUAAACAACUAUCUUUACAAAAAGGCUUCAACAUGAUACAGUAAUUAGAUAACGAAUUAUUUAGAAAACAUGCAUAAAUAAACUUUAAUGCAAUAAAGGGUAGAGGAGAGUAUUGUGGGAAACACACUUCAUAAUACCGCUGAAGAAAAUGACGGCAGUUUAAAUUCAUGAUUUAUUUUUAUCAUUAACGGAGCUAUAAACAAAGUAUGUGCUGUUCAACCACUGUUUCCUUCAUGGAAAUCUAUGAAGGCCCCUGUCAGAAGAGGUGGGGACUUGCACAGCUUAUCCUAAAAAUGUGUUUGUUGAACAUUGCACUUUAAAUUUACCAACAGAGCUUGCACUCCAUUUCAGAUCUUGCUGUUUUGUAACUAGGUUGAGAUAAUUCAUACAGGUGGUCAAUGCACAGACAGUGAUGUUUUUAUUUAGGCUGAUUAUAAGGAAUGACAUUGCAGGCGGUUUAGAUACAGGGGCUGCCAAUUCGCUAAUUACAGAGAGUAAGGUUUAUAUGGCCUGUUUUAUCUGUUAAUAAAACCAUCUGAGAGCCCUGUUUGUAUACAGUAACAUUGAAAAAGUCACAGCACGUUCCCUCAUCAAAGCACGUUCCCUUAUCACAGCACGUUCCCUCAUCAUAGCACGCUCCCUCAUCAUGGCACUUCCCUCAUCACGGCACGUUCCCUCAUCAAAGCACGUUCCCUCAUCAUAGCACGCUCCCUCAUCAUGGCACGUUCCCUCAUCACGGCACGUUCCCUCAUCACAGCACGUUCCCUCAUCACAGCACGUUCCCUCAUCAAAGCACGUUCCCUUAUCACGGCACGUUCUCUCAUCACAGUCUGUUCCCUUAUUACAGAAUGUUCCCUCAUCACAGCACGUUCCCUCAUCACAACACGUUCCCUCACCACAGCACGUUCCCCCAUCACAGCACAUUCCCUUAUUACAGCACUUUCCCUUAUUACAGCACGUUCCCUCAUCACAACACGUUCCCUUAUUACAGUACGUUCCCUCAUCACAACACGUUCCCUUAUUACAGUACGUUCCCUCAUCACAACACGUUCCCUUAUUACAGCACGUUCACUCAUCACAGCAUAUUCCUUUGUCAGUCUUGUAGUAAGUAAUUGCCAAUAAAAUGUCUUUCUCUCUGUACUGCAGCUAGUGUGUCAUUUGCUUCAAUCACUAAGACGUGUGCGGCGGCCUGUACGGCUGUGAGUGCUGGAUCCUCCUCCUUGGCCUCCAGUUCUGUGUCUUGCUGCACCACUGACCUGUGCAACACGAGUGGCGCCACCAGCAUCAAAUCUGGAGUCACCAUCCUGGCUGUGACCGCUGGACUAAUCUUAGCCCUGCUAAAGAAUUCUGUGUGAAUGUUAAAUGGUUCAUAAACUGUAACCAAACAUGUGAAACUUCAUUAAACUAAUUAUAACAUAAAACAUCACUUUGUACGUGAAUUUAUCAAUAAAUCUGGAAACAUUGUGAUC